AUGACACCAGUGAACGAAGAACCUGACGAUGUUGUGCAGCACAUGGCCAGCGGACGACAACAGCCACUUCAAUCCACACUUAGCCAUCGCCAGCGAACAGGCAGCCUACCUCAAAAUAAUCUCACCGAAACCGACGGGGCUUCAAUGACUAGAUCCCCCACCAGAAAUCUCCUCAGAGCUGCUUCCAUGCUACUGAUACCCGACAAAAAGGUUGGUCCUGCACCAUCGGUUGUGGACAGUUUGAGGAGUAUCCUGUUCGCUUCGUGGUUGAACGUAUUAUUGGUCUUCAUCCCAGUAUCAUGGGCCCUCAAUUUUGCAAUGAAGGACGAACAUACUCUUAUUUUCGUUUUUUCAUUUCUCGCAAUCAUACCCUUGGCGAAGCUGCUGGCUUUCGCCACAGACGAGCUCUCGAUGAGGGUUGGGCAAACACUAGCUGGGCUUUUGAACGCAACUCUUGGAAACGCCGUCGAGCUGAUAGUUGCUAUACUUGCUCUGGUUAAAUGCCAACUGACCAUUGUCCAAUCUUCCCUUAUCGGAUCGAUCCUCUCAAAUCUGCGUAAGCGCCUUCUCGCAGAUCCUUGGCGACAGCUUACAUCCCGGUACACGAUCGUAGUUCUUGUUUUGGGCAUGUGCUUCUUCGCCGGCGGUACACAAUACUCGGAACAGGGCUUCACCGUCAGCACCGUGCAACUCAAUUCUUCCUUACUGACCAUUAGCGUAAUUGCUGUCCUGUUGCCCGCGGCGUAUAUCCUGGCAUUGUCCGAAGGCCCAGCAGACCCCAAUCAACAACAGGGCAAGCAAGUUUUGCAACUCAGUCGUGGCGUCGCCGUCAUUUUGUUGUUCAUCUAUGGUUCGUACCUUGUCUUCCAAUUAUGGUCCCAUGCGGGUCUCUACGACGAGACCAGCGACGCUGUCAUCAAAUCGCAACCGUACGCCCGCAAGUCCAAAGACAGCAAGAGGAAAUCAUCAAAAGACGAACCCCGGCCUGAUAACGUUAUCGACUCGCAUACUUCGAGUUCGAGGACAGCGACCAUCAAUGGCAACCCACCCAAUUCGCCCAUUCAGAACUCGACUGUCCCGUUCGCAAAUGGAUCUCAACAUGACCUCGAGAACGGCAACGGGCGCAUCGGCAACGCACUAAAGGAAGAGGAGGAAGAGAAACCUCAAUUAAGUGUUUGGAUGACUGUGGGACUGCUUGUUGUUGUCACAGUGCUGGUCGCCGUCACUGCUGAAUGGUUGGUGGAUUCCAUUGACGGGUUGACCGAGGGCGGUACAAUCAGCAAGGAGUUCGUCGGCGUGAUAUUACUUCCCAUUGUAGGCAACGCAGCGGAGCAUGUAACGGCGGUCACUGUCUCCAUCAAGGACAAGUUGACGCUGAGUCUCGGUGUCGCCGUUGGCUCCAGUAUACAAAUCGCCCUCUUUGUCAUUCCGUUCAUUGUCACCUUGGGCUGGAUUCUGGGCAAACCGUUGACCUUGCUGUUCGAUCCAUACGAGUCAAUAUCACUCUUCCUUGCUGUUCUCACCGUCAACUACGUGGUGCAGGAUGGUAAAUCAAAUUGGCUUGAAGGCAUGAUCCUGAUGUGUCUAUAUCUUAUUUUGGGCGUGACUUUCUGGUUUUACCCUGGAGCCCCGAGCCUUGGCAUUCUCCCACAAUGCACGUAG